GUGAGAUCUUGCCCAGUUGAGAAGUAUGUGUGGAGGCUCUGGUUUAUGGAGGGGUAGUGCAAUUCAUUGAUCAGGGUUGUGCUACAAGUACCUGUUACACUGACCCAAUGCUGCGGUGGUGUCGGGUUGUUGGCCAACCUUGCAUUUUCUGCAGUUGUCAGUAGAUUGGCCAGCGGAGAAGAGAAAGGGCGACAGUCACCAUGAGCCUGGGGCCGAGCCUGAUCGUGCCGGUGGUGUUGUGGGGCCGGCACCCGCCCACCCACCGGAUCUCGUGCGUUUACCUGACGCCCGACCAGAGGACGCUCGUCACAGGAUGCGCCGACGGCCAGAUCGUCACCUGGGAUGUGCACCCGAGCACGCUGGAGGUGAACCCCUACAUGAUGCUGGUGGGCCACACAGCUCGAAUCGUCUGUCUCAGUAACGGCCUGCUGCACACUAAUCACAGAUACCUGGUCUCCGCCGCCCUGAACGGAGAGAUGUGCGUAUGGGAUCUACACGAGGGCCAGUGCAUGGAGACUGUGAAAAUGUCUUUCAUUCACCGGCAGAUCGAGGCCUACCAGCCGACGCACGCGCCCGACGUGCUGCUCUUCUGCUGCGGCGAGUACGCCGACAUCGCCGUGGUGCACCCGCUCACGCUCGAGGUCGUCUACUGGCUGUCGUCCAAGGUCAACUCCAACUGGGUCACUUCGCUGCACAUCUUCAAGCCGAAGGCGGUGGCAGACGACAUCGUCAUGGCGAUUAACGCGGACAGCGUGGUGAAGAUCUGGACGCUCAGCCGCAUGGAGGGCAAGUGCUCCAGCGACAUCGUGUACGAGAACGAGAGCAAGCGGAUCAGGUCCAGCGGCGUGAACUUCCUCAAGUGCUGCUCGUACAACCCGCGCACCGUGCUCGUGGUGUCCUCCAGCAUGUGGCAGAUCUACGACGCGUCCGACUUCUCGGUGCUGUGCUCGUCGUCGGGUGACGAGGGCGAGCGGUGGCAGCGCGGCGAGUUCCUCACCGCCGACCGGGUCAUCGUGUGGGCCGACUCCGGCCACGCCUUCAUCUACAGGCUGCCACCCAACUGCAUCCCGACGCACGAGGCAUUCCACUCGCGGGAGGCCGACGAGCCGUUCCUUUACUGCGUGCUGUCGUCACCCGGCGAGCAGGAGCUGUUUAGCCCGCCCGUCAGUAUACACACGGAGCUGCACGGCGAGGCCAACAUUCAGCUGUUGGUGCGCGGUGACUGUCUGGGUCAGCUGGCCAUCUGGCGCGUGCCCCGCGUCACCAACAACCAGCUGGCGCAGCUGCUGCAGCAGCAGCUGUACCGGCCGCCAGAGAUGCCGCCGACGGUGCUGUGGAGCAUCGAGAGGGCGUGGCAGUCGAUGAAGCCUCCUCCCGUCGGUGUCCUGGACCAGCUGGAGUCGGCGGACGGCUCGGCGCCGCUGCUGACGUCCAGCAUCUACCUGCCGCUGCAGGAGGGCCGGCUGGUGUGCGGCCGCGAAGACGGCACCAUCAUCAUCGUCUCGGCUACGCACACCGUCAUGCUCCACCUGCUGCACGGCAAACACCAGAGCUACGACAACUGGCCGAUCCACCAGAUCCUGUCGGGCCACCGGGGCCGCGUGACAGCUCUGCUGUUCCCGCACCUGAGCCACAGCCGGUACCAGAUCUCCCAGCUGGUAUCGGGCGGCGAGGACUUCUCCGUCUGCCUGUGGGACCUGUUCAGCGGUGCUCUGCUGCACCGCUUCGUCGUGCAGGCCGGCAUCAUCUCCCAGCUGCACGUGCCACCAGAGACCGUGUCGCCCCGCAUGCAGCAGUGCAUCUGCAGCGUGGCCGACGACUACUCGGUGGCGCUGCUGUCGCUGAAGGAGCGCAAGUGCCUGAUGCUGGCCUCGCGCCACCUCUUCCCCAUCGCCACGGUCAAGUGGCGGCCUCUGGACGACUUUCUCGUGGUGUCGACCGAAGACGGGAGCGUCUCCGUGUGGCAGAUGGAGACGGGUCACCUGGACCGCGUGGUGCACGGCACCACCGCGCAGGAGGUGCUGUCAGCCUGCGACGAGAACAUGACGGUCUCCAUCAGCGAGGGUGGCAUGGCCAACCCGGCCGUGCACUUCUUCCGCGGGCUGCGACAUCGCAACUUGUCGGCAAUACGGCACGCAGCCAAGCGAGGCCUGCAGCAGCUGCAGAACAACGCCGACAGCCUGCCGGGCCAGCACGAGUCCGGCAAGCCGCGCUCGUACGCGCUGAUGGUGCAGGGCCUGCGCACCAACGCCGCCGACCCCGACCGGCACGUGCUCUUCUUCGACGUCGAGUCGCUGAUCGUGGACCUGCUCACGGAGGCCUACAGUCAGAUGUCGACCGAGGCGCUGGAGGAGCACGGCCUCAUCCAGCUGACCGAGUACCAGCGCGUGCUGGAGCUGACCCGCUCCGAGUCGCCGGACGCGCAGCAGAAGAUCUCAGAGUUUUUCGGCCGUGUGAAGCACAAGGCCGGUGACGUGGAGAAGCGCCUCAAGGAGAAGGACACGCGCGGGUACCUGUCGAGGAUGAAGGAGCUGAAGGAACAGAGCGAAGCCAUCAGGGAUCAUCUCAAGGAGAGGGCUGAGGGAAGCGGCCUGCUGGCGCGUGUGAAGGAGGGCGCCGAGACUAUGGGCGGCAUCAUCCAGGCCAAGGCGGGAGGAGCCGGCCUGAAGGGCACCGGCGAGAACCGCAAGGUACACUGACCCAAUGCUGCGGUGGUGUCAGGUUGUUGGCCAACCUUGCAUUUUCUGCAGUUGUCAGUAGAUUGGCCAGCGGAGAAGAGAAAGGGCGACAGUCACCAUGAGCCUGGGGCCGAGCCUGAUCGUGCCGGUGGUGUUGUGGGGCCGGCACCCGCCCACCCACCGGAUCUCGUGCGUCUACCUGACGCCCGACCAGAGGACGCUCGUCACAGGAUGCGCCGACGGCCAGAUCGUCACCUGGGAUGUGCACCCGAGCACGCUGGAGGUGAACCCCUACAUGAUGCUGGUGGGCCACACAGCUCGAAUCGUCUGUCUCAGUAACGGCCUGCUGCACACUAAUCACAGAUACCUGGUCUCCGCCGCCCUGAACGGAGAGAUGUGCGUAUGGGAUCUACACGAGGGCCAGUGCAUGGAGACUGUGAAAAUGUCUUUCAUUCACCGGCAGAUCGAGGCCUACCAGCC